AUGGAUGAAAGAAAAGUACGAGCCAUCGUUGAGUGGGAGUCGCCUAAGAAUGUAUCCGAGUUACGAUCAUUCUUGGGCCUAAUAAAUUACUAUCGCAGAUUCGUCUCAAGGUACUCGGCUAGAGCUUCACCACUAACCGACCUUCUCAAAAAGAAAGUAAUCUGGGAAUGGACCGACAAAUGUCAAAGAGAAUUUGAUGAAUUAAAGAAUGCGGUCACGAAAGAACCUGUCUUGAAGCUUCCAGAUUACUCCAAACCCUUCUUAGUACAAACAGACGGAUCAGACUUCGCGAUAGGAGGAUUCUGGAUUCAAGAAGAACAUCUGAUGGCCUACGAAAGUCGAAAAUUAAAUGAAACAGAACAAAGGUAUCAUGUACAUGAUAAGGAAAUGAUAGCAAUCAUCAAUUGUCUUCGGGUAUGGAGGCAUUAUUUGCUUGGAAGCUGGUUUAUAAUUCAAACUGAUAAUGUGGCCACCAGUUACUUUCAAAAUCAGAAGAAACUCAAUCCCAAACAAGCACAACUAGCAGCUCUUACCUUGGUGACGUGUAACCUUGUUGAUCAAAUAAAAGAAGUGUUGAGCCACGACCCACUAGCCAAGAACUUGGUAGAGAUGGUUAGAGAGGGCAAGACAAGAAAAUUAUGGGUCGAAGAAGGACUCCUACUCAUAAUUGGUAACCGCAUGUAUGUUCCGAAAUGGGACAACUUAAGGCGUGAAGUCCUGAAGGAAUGUCACGACUCUAAGUGA